ACCUUGACAAGAGGCCUCACAACUCACAAGUCGGUGGCGCUGCAGCUCCUCGCUCUAGAGAGUACACAGUCCAUCGCCUAGGAAGCUAUGGCUCCCUCCGUGAUGGCCUCGUCAGCCACCUCGGUUGCUCCAUUCCAGGGGCUCAAGUCCACCGCCGGGCUCCCCGUGAGCCGCCGCUCCAGCAGCGCUGGCCUCGUCAGCGUCAGCAACGGUGGAAGGAUCAGGUGCAUGCAGGUGUGGCCGAUUGAGGGCAUCAAGAAAUUCGAGACCCUGUCCUACCUACCGCCGCUCACCACGGAGGACCUCCUGAAGCAGAUCGAGUACCUCAUCCGGUCCAAGUGGAUUCCUUGCCUCGAGUUCAGCAAGGUUGGGUUCGUGUACCGGGAGAACGCUAGGUCCCCCGGAUACUACGAUGGCCGCUACUGGACCAUGUGGAAGUUGCCCAUGUUCGGCUGUACAGACGCCACCCAGGUGCUCAAGGAACUCGAGGAGGCCAAGAAGGCCUACCCGGACGCUUUCGUCCGCAUCAUCGGCUUCGACAACGUCAGACAAGUGCAGUGCAUCAGCUUCAUCGCCUACAAACCACCGGGCUGCGAGGAGUCUGGCGGCGCCUAAGCGCCCAGUCGGUCUAUGUCGAACAGCUUUAUCAUUUAUAUUUUCCCUAUUUAAACGUUUCUGUAACUAUUGGGCGAGCAUGCCCAUAAGCAUUACUACCAUUGGGUUGCGGAACAUGUGAAUGGUACCUAGCUCCGGCAAUACCCACAGUGAUAUAUACGGCUAUGUAUACAUAAUGAUUUAUAUACGACUAUGUACAAUUGGUUGCCAA